UUCUCUCCCUCAUAAUUCUCAAUGAAUGGAACAGUUAUCCAGGCUAAAAUCCUAGAGAGGAAGAGGAUUGAGCAUCCGGACAAGAGUCGUCCGUUGAAUUAUCGUUUCUUGAUCGGCUACCGUGUGGAGCUCCUGACCGUGUUCAAGGGAGGAGAUUUCCUAGGAGAAGCUGAUGAGAUAUGGGUCCAGUCUCCCGAUGCUGGUGGACUCUGCGGUGUUACUGGAUUAAUCAUUGAUGAUGUAUAUCUACUAUCAGGUCGUAUCAAACUGGACCUUAACUACGUGACAUACUGUGAUAUGUGGUUCGAAUGGGAUAAGUUAACUGAGGAGCAACUAGUCGGCCUGACAUCUAAAUACAGCAAUAACUGCGCCGAUUGUAGGAUAAGAGGCGUAAUUGGAAUCAUCAAUAUAGACACUCAUUCCGAAGACAAAUAUACAGCUUCAUAUGUGGAUAAGUCCCCUCUUUGGGAUGACGGAAGUUGUCGUUACAACCCUGUUGCAUCUCUCUUCUACAAGUCGCACGAUUGUGAGACGCAGUACAGCCACUGCAUAUGGGCCAACGACACUUGCCUAUGGGAACCUUCAAGAAACUACAACCUUUGCUACAAUGCUCGGGAAGCGGUGUGGAGACAUCGCAACAAAAUGAAACGCCUAGCCGCCGAUGUACCUAAAACUAGACCACGAUGCAAGAGUUCCGCGACGAGAUACAUAAGGCGCUGUGCCGCGGCCAAAGAGAGGAGAAGACAGAAGAAACAGGAGAGAAGAGAAGGACAAAGGCCACCUGUCAAAUACCUUCAAAUUUUACUUAAUGGAACUAGAACAGCACUGGAAACAUCAACUGCUUUGAUGGAAUGAUGAUUAAAAAAUAAAACCCCAGAGAUGGACUGUUUCUUUCCCUGUUCUAUUCUGAAUAAAAGGUACAGUAUCCUUGCAUCUGGGA